AUGAAGUCGCCUACAAUGUUGAUUUCAUUCGUUACUUUAGCUCUCGCUCCUCUCAUCAAUGCUGCAACUACUGUUUCAGGAUCCGCAUACGGUUUUGCCAAAGGAGUUUCUGGUGGCGGCUCUGCAGUAGCUGCGGCACCAUCUGAUAUUGCUCAACUCAAACAAUGGCUCGCUGAUAGUACACCACGUGUAAUUCUUAUCAACAAGACUUUCAAUUUUGUUGGUACCGAAGGAUCAGCUACUGCUUCAGGCUGUUAUCAAUCAGGCUGCAAGCCUGCCAAUGGUGGUCAAGACUACAUUGGUACCCUUAGUUGCACCGGAACCAACAUCGUUUCCACUAGUAUCACUUACGAUGCUGCCGGACCUACUCCUCUAGAUGUCGGUUCCUCGAAAACCAUUUUGGGUGUUGGUAGCGCUGGUGUUAUCGCUGGUAAGGGACUUAGAAUUCCUGCUACUAGUACCAAUAUCAUUAUCCAGAAUGUUCAUUUUACCAACAUCAAUCCUGGUCAUGUCUGGGGUGGAGAUGCUAUCUCUUUGGAGGGAAGCAGAGGUGUUUGGAUCGAUCACUGCAAGUUCAGUCUGAUUGGAAGACAAAUGAUUGUUUCUCAUUUUGCCGCCAGUCAAUUCACAAUUUCUAAUUGUGAGUUUUAUGGUACCACCACAACUUCCGCUACCUGCAAUGCCAAUCAUUACUGGACUAUGAUGAUCAACGGACCUGGUGAUCUCCUCACACUCGACAGAAACUACUGGCACAACUUAUCAGGCCGUGCACCAAAGAUUAGUGGUUCCGGUGCUGUCGUACAAGUUACCAAUAACUACAUGGCCAAUAACGCUGGUCACGAUUUCGAAACUUAUGACGGAACUUAUUCACUCAUCGAAGGCAACGUCCUCGAAGGUGUUACUUUACCUUUCGAUGGUACAGCUGGUAACACUUACAAUGUUCCAGACUCUGCAUCUUCCACUGCUUGUGCAUCUUAUCUUGGCCGCAAUUGUCCUGUCAACACCAUUACAAACUCUGGUACUUGGCCCAGUCUUAAAGUCGUAGCGGCUUUGGCUAAAUUUAAGGCAUAUGAUGCAGCUUACUUGGUUACUCCUACUUCGGCCAGUGUUGUCAAGGCUAGCGUUUUAGCCAAUGCAGGUAUUGGAAAGAUUUAA